UUUACACGAAACCAACUGUUGAUUACGAGAAAUCGGAAGCAAAAUCUGCAACAGAUGAAUCUCAUACCAGGCAACGAAGUUCCGUGCAAUGGACCGUGCCGGAAGCGGUUCCAUCCCGCCACCGUCAACCUGGAUCAGACCGUCGCCGAUGUGCUGCGCACGUCCAACAGCAAAUCGUCUGGUUUGUGGUGGUUCUGUCCCGAGUGUCGCCAGACGGUUGACCUGCCCCUGCACUACGUAACGGAUCUUCCCACGGAACUGCUGGUUAUGAUCUUCCAGCACUUGGACGUAGACUCUCUGCUGGAAGUUCGGUCAACGUGCCACCGUUGGAAGGACAUCGUCGAUCAGAGCUACUCCUUGCGCAAGCAAUUCGUUGUCGCGUUCAAGAGAAAGGUCACAAUGGAUGAAACAUUCCAGCCGGAGAAUUUGCUUCCGGCUUCUCGUACGAGAUUGAACCAGUCGAAGAUAAUCUGUGUCGAAUCUUGGUGGCCUGCGUUUGGCGCUGCAUUGACGGAACUGACAUUGUAUCAUUGUGAAAUUGGACUUUCGAUUCUUCUGGGAAUGCUGCGAGAGGCUCCCAAUCUCAUCAGCUUGAGUCUGUAUGGCAUCGAGUACAGUUCCGUAGAGGAAAUUGAAGCGAAUUUUCGGUUGGAAAAACUGGAAGUUCUAUCCUGCAAUCGACUGUUUGAUAUCUUUAGAAGCAUUUUUCCACGAUUGAGAGUGAUGGAUUUGGCAUUCGACGUAAGCGUUGAGGAGGGAGUUAAAGCUUGCCGUUUGUUGAGAUCGGUCCAAGGCACGUUGAAGGAGUUGGAGUGUAAUUUUACGCAAUUUAUGCUGGAGCAGAUUGCCAGUAUGGACCAGCUUCAGUUGACAAAUAUAGCUGAUCGUGGAGAAGAAAAUUUAGCGGUGCAACUAAGCCUGAUGCAGCCUUUGGUUAGAGUUCUCAGCAUAACUGCUACGAACGAGGUUCUCAUGGAAAUUGGGCGGAAUCUGAAGAACUUGCAGGAAAUAUCUGUCACCAUCGCAGAAGAUCAAAGUUAUUUUGAGCCUUCGUUUCUGGCCGAAAUGCCAGAGCUGACUUCUUUAUCUCUCUCAGGCCAAGAUAGACGGUACUCAAGCUUCAAAGGCUUUCAAAGUACCAAUUUAAGCUACUUGAGGCUUGACGCUAUUUACUUCAUCGACAGCAGCCUGCGGAAUUUUUGACCAGCUGCCCAAAUCUGCAAACGCUGGAAAUUUUGGACUGUCAGCUAGCCAGUUGGUCAGACAUUUUUGCCGCAAGGUUGCAAUCGCUGCGAAGCUUGAGCCUAUGGAACAACAGAGUGCGCAAUUACGUCAUGAAAAUCUCCGAAAAGCUGACCACACUGAAGGAACUCGAUAUAUCAGAGUGCCAGAUUCUACCAGAGAAUCUCGUCAAGUUGAUCCUGCAAUGCCCUCGGCUAGAAAAACUUACACUCGAUUCGAUCAAAACCGUCGACGACGAAUUUGUCAGCAAUUUGGACCAAUUUCCGCAACUUAAGGAACUGGAUAUCGGGUACUGUCCAAUAACGGACAAAUCGGUGGAAUUUAUUGCUGAAAAUUGUUCACAUUUGAACGUGAGCAUCAACUGCGAGCAGGUUUCCAGCGUGGCCCAGAAACUGCUGGAACAAGUUACUAGUUUGAGAUGAAUCCUUGAUUUUUUUGCAUCGUAAGGUGAACUUGUAACUGUAAAAAUGAAAUAAGAAAGGAAAAAAACCUGUUGCUUUAUUCGCCAUCAAACCGAAUCGACAAGCAAGUCAGGGUUGUGAACAUUCGAAAUUGUUUGUGAAUUGUGACUGAUCUCUCACGAUCUCUCUCAAUCACGCAGAGCAGUUUGAAUUUCUCUGAAAUUCCUUCCACCGUCACUGCAUUCAAAUGGUUGCUGUUACCACGCAACACCGCCCAAGCAAGAACAAGAGAAAAAAUAAAGAAAAUGAAAGAGCAUGU